AUGACGACUAGCAACUCUGUAGAUUGGCAAUCGACGAAAAAGACAGUUCAAGAAAGAAGCUGUCACAUGUUGAACAAUCCGUUUAUGAGUGAUAUAAAAUUCACAUGUGAAGAUUCAGCGAAGUCAUUUUAUGCACACAAGUAUGUGUUGGGCACAAGCAGUGCUGUAUUUCAUGCGAUGUUCUACGGCGAUUUGGCCGAAACGAAGCCGGUUGUUCAUUUCGGCGACACGGAUGAAGAAAAUCUUGAGCAAUUUCUGUGCUUUCUCUACACAGAUAAAUGUGAUUUGACUGUGGACAAUGUUGUAUCUGUGAUGUACCUCUCAAAGAAAUACAUAGUGUCUUCUCUCACUGAAAAAUGUGUGCAAAUCAUGGAAAAAGGCUUAAACGUUGAGAAUGUUCUUAGAAUUUUGGAACUGGCAAUAUAUUUUGACGAGGGUGAGCUGGAGAUGAAAUGUUGGCAUCUUGUCGAGUCGCGUACCGCAGACGUGGCCACCACAGAAGCAUUCAAUAACAUCAGUCAAAAGACGCUGGCCUGUGUACUAAAGCGAGACCACCUGAGCAUACCAGAAGUUCAACUAUUUCAAGCGGUGUUGAGGUGGUGUGAUGAACGGUGUUCAAAAAAACAAUUAAAAGUGUCGGGGGAGAACAGAUGA